AUGUACUUUACGGAUGAUCUAGUUCUGUUUUGCAAGGGGAACAACACUUCAGUUCAGGUUAUUCAAGCUUGCUUUAAAUCUUUUAGUGUUGUUUCUGGUUUAACAGCAAAUUUGGAGAAGUCGAAAAUUUAUUUCGGGGGUCUUUCUAUGAAUGAAACCAGCGGGAUUUUGAAGGAGAUUCAGAUUGCUGAAGGUGAUUUUCCUCUCAAAUAUCUUGGGGUGCCUCUAAGACCUAGAAAGUGGCAAGCUGGGGACUGUGAUAGUAUAUUAAAGAAGAUAAGGCUGAAGCUUUUUCACUGGUCUAACAGACAUUUAUCCUUUGCUGGAAAAACUCAGUUGAUUCACUCAGUGCUUUUGGGGAUAAGAGCUUUUUGGAUGAGUAUCUUCAUGCUCCCUAAGAAAGUCAUUGCUGAGAUUGACCAUCUCUGCAGGAAAUUUUUGUGGGGUUCUAGUGGGAGGAAUGAUAACAGGAGCAAGUUACAUCUCACAAAUUGGGACCAAGAUGUCCUUUGGGUCAAAUGGAUAGAUGCCAUUUACCUUAAAGGACAGUCAAUUUGGGAUUAUAAGCUUCAAGUGGAUGUAAGUUGGUAUUGGCGUAAACUCAUUAAACUGUCUACUGUUAUCAAUGCAGGAUUUUUGGCUGAGGCUUCUGUGAAGAACAAGUUACAUACCAGCAAAUUAUAUGAACUGUUGGUUCACAAGGACAGAGUUCCUUUUUAUCAUGUUGUCUGGUGCAAUUUAUCUAUGCCCAAGCAUAGGUUUAUUCUUUGGCAAGCUACUUUGGGGCAUUUACUAACUAGAGACAACUUAAUAAAGUGUCAUUUACAGAUUUCUUCAGAGUUAUGCCCUGUGUGUGAGUUGCAGCAAGAAUGUCAUGGUCAUCUCUUCUUUCAGUGUCCUUUCUCACAAAUGGUGAGACAGAGAGUGGCUUCUUGGCUGAUCUGUGAUGUUUGGCCUAUCCAUUACCAGGGAUGGCUUAAGUGGAUGAAGGGGAAGCCCAAAGGUCUCCAGCAAAAGCUACUUGCUGCUGGUCUAGCUGCUGUGGUGUACUUGGUUUGGUGGAAUAGGAAUCACUGCUUAUAUAAUCAGUGUUCUUUCUCUGUGAACUCAGUGUUUGCUGUGCUGCAAAAUAGUUUAUUUGCUAGAGUUAAAAACUUGCCUAGAUCUAAGCUUUUCUAG